GGAAGACUUCCGUCUCACUGAGUCAGACUCUCUCCGUUCACAUCCACUGGGAUUCCUUGCAGGCACCGGUCACGAAAAAGGACCCAACGGCAUGUGGAACCCUUCGGGUUACUGGACGACCGACUCUACCUCCUGAGCCGUCCUGUCAUGAUGGAGAUGAGAGUAUGGAUGACCAAAACAAUUUAGCACCCGCGGUUCCCACCGAUCCGCCGACUAACGCCGGACUGGAAGAGGACAGAGCCAGGUCUGACUUGUCCUGCGACCCGUGCGACUCAGUCUGUCGCUUUUCUAAUCCAUGUGAUAACUGCUGGAUGAAUGCGUCGCUGCAGGCCGUGUUGAACCUGGAGGUUGUGCGGAGGAAACUGACGUCCCUCCAGCCCGAGCACGUGAUGCAGAAGCUAAUAACGCCAGCGUUUGGAGGACUGUUUUUGACGGCCCUCAAAAACCCAGGGGAGACGUUCAGCCCUGAAGCAGUCCAAGUGGUUUUGGCAGAUCUGAGUGUGAAACUCCCGAGUUUGAAGCUGUCGCAGGCCAAUCACAUAUGUCAUUUUCUCAAUCCUUUAUUAAUGUCUCUCAGUCGAUGUGAUGUCAACACCAGAGUCGAGAUAGAAGAGGUGAGCAGCUGCGAGCGAUGUCUGAUCAACAUGUGGAGCAAAGAAGAGAAGUAUGUUUUCAUUUUGCCAGCACCGGGUGAAAACGACUCCAUCACGUCUCUCUGGAUUCGGUCGGAGGUCGAGCACGAGGAGGCGGGACAAUGCGUGUCGUGUGGCCUGGCAGUGAAGAAAGAGUUCUCCAUGGUUUUACCGGAAGUCUUGACCCUCUGCGUGCCCCAAGGAGUCCAAAGCGAUUCUGUAGCCAACAAGCCCGUGACUCCGUGUGCGUCGCUGGAGUUCCUCAUGGAUGAGAGCACAACGCUGAGCUACAGACUGGCCUCCGUCAUCUGUAAGGGGGACUUCGAGGGCAGCGUCGCCCACGCUUGGACAUGUCUGUUCAAAAAUCGUGACAUCGUCGAGGCCGAUGACGAUCUUAUAUCGGUCGUGAAGUCUUGCAGACCGGACGGCAUCUGUCAAGAAGCGGUUUCAGAGCGAUUGAAGGGGCCGUGGAGCCGUGGGGGCUCAUGGCUGCCGAUUGGUUCUGGCUCUUCCUCACCACCUGCUGCAAACUGGGCCACUGGCCUCUGCGGCCCAGAGACGACGGCAAACGACAGGGUGUAACAAACAUUUGACUAUUUGAACAAAGCCCUCAUUUGUAUCAUUUCUGUUAUCUGAGACUGUAACUUUCAUGCCUACCUGUCUCAUUACCAUCGACUUCUGGCAACUCCUGCCACUGGUACUGACUGUAUGGCCCAACCAGCCGGCCCACAGAGAACCGCCCCGCGCUCCCUUAUUGGCCAUCGGCCUGUUCACACUGACCAUGACCUGACAGACGUGUAGCCAGAAAGGACCACCAGAAAAAUUCAGUGCUGUCAUUGGACAGUUUUAGUUUCUUUCUUCCAUAUUAAUGAAUGGUCUUGCAUAUUGCCCGGCGGCCGGAGGCUCCCCACCCCAGCAACAGACAUUCACAGGGUAUGUGGCAGUUUCACAUGUCUCUGCGGACUGACAGAAGGUCAUGAAGAUCAGAGCAGAUACCGUCGGACUAAUGGUUCAACUCGGUGAUGUUCACAUGGUCUCAACAGAAAUAACCCAUGGGGUCGAAACCUGUGGCACACUUCUCGUCUUACAGAGAACUGAGAGGGGUGGGAGGAGUUAGGGAGCAGGAGGAGGACGAUUCUUUCUCGUCACCAUCUUUGAUGAGCCUUCUUUUUGUUUCAUUGAUAUAUUUGUCUUGCUUUGUUUCAUUGAUUUAGUGUGAUUUUAUUAUUGUUUGUUUUAUUUGCUGUCACCGUCUGUGUGGCCCCCGGGAAGACGAGCGACCGCUUUGUGGAAGCUAAUGGGGAUCCAGAU